UGUCUUUGUAAUGGGUUUCUUUAAAACUGAAUGUUCUCAAUAUUGAGAUUAAGGUUAUAUUUUGUAGUGUAAUGUAAUCAGUUUUAGUCGUGUUUGCAAUGAGUCAUGCUGUUGGUGAGGAUAUAUAAACAUUUCCACAUUACCAGUAUCUAAAUUUAUGUUCCUUGUAGUAGUGAACUCCUUAUGGCCCACCCUGUAGGAAAGUCACGAGAAAUGAGCACGACUUACAUGUCAUCAAGCACUGGAACAUCAACCACUACUGCGGCCUCUACAAUGAGUGGAACCCCAGCUUCGGUUUGAAGCUUGUCUACCUGGUAUCGUCAACAGGAGUACUAAUUACAUGCCGACAAGUUCAACAUCAACGAUGAAUAGUGGAGCCGUGACUUCAGCUGACUCUUGUCUCAGUGGGAUGGUCAACAGGAGUAGCAAUUACAUGCCGACAAGCUCACCGGCCUCCACAAUGAACACUGCUGCGACCUCAGCAGACGCUUGUCUGGGGAUCAACAGAAGUACGACGUACAUGGCAACAAGUACUGCGACCUCCACGAUGGACGGUGAAUCGUCGACAUCAACCGAUGCCUGUCUCACUGGCAUCAUCAACAGAAAUACCAGUUACAUGCCGGCAAGUUCUUCUACGUCGACAAUGAACACUGGAGCUGCAGCUACGGCCGAUGCCUGCCUCGGUGGCAUCGUCAACCGGACGACAAGCUAUAUGCCAACAAGCACGGCAAACUCCAACACAACCACCACAAUCAACACAAAUGCUCCAACUUCGGCUGAUGCAUGCCUCAGUAUUGUUCACAGCCUCAUGUGCCACAGGCAGGGCGGUGAGUCAGAGGGUUUCGCCAAGAGAGCCAUAGAAAGCCUUGUCAAGAAAUUGAAGGAGAAACGUGAUGAGUUGGACAGCUUGAUCACUGCUAUAACUACUAAUGGAUCUCAUCCCAGCAAGUGUGUCACCAUCCAGCGAACCCUAGAUGGUAGAUUACAGGUGGCUGGCCGGAAAGGUUUCCCUCAUGUGAUCUACGCUCGCAUCUGGCGUUGGCCAGAUCUGCAUAAGAAUGAGCUGAAACAUGUUAAAUACUGUCAGUUUGCCUUUGAUCUCAAGUGCGACUCUGUGUGUGUCAACCCUUAUCAUUACGAAAGGGUUGUCUCUCCUGGGAUAGGGAUGUGUGUUGAAGCCCUGCCCUGUGCUGAUCUGUCGGGCCUCAGCCUGCAGCCCAGUCGGCUGAUCAAGGAUGAGUACAGUGCCGGGGUCGUACCUCCGCCUCCCCCUCCUGCUGCCGACAUGGACGUGGACACUGAGGCGGGCACAGUGCAACAUCACCCACCACCCCCACCCCCUUCUACACAUCAAUAUGUGUUCUCCCCACAACCAGCUGGAGAGAGUCACCCACAACCUACACCCCCAACCCCCAGCGAGAGGCACCUCCCCCUCUGGAUGUCCUCUCAUGUACCUCCACAUCACAGGUUAUCCACGCUGGGUUCGCCCGGGAGUGUGAGCUCAUCACAGACCAACCCUGCCACUCCCCUGGUCUCACCCACCCAGUCGUCAACCGCUUCUUCCUCCGCCCCGUUCUUCAGCCCCCCUCAGGACUCACUGUCACAGCCGGAGACCACUUUGUUGAACUCCACUGAGUCCAGUCUACACAGCCACAGCCAGAACGGGUUCAGUGCAGCGGUGGCAGUGACACAGCCGAGCAGCAGCGGCCAGCCCACGCAGUUCACUGCUCAAGCUACAUGGACAGGCUCCAACACCCUCACCUACACUCAGAGUAUGCAGCCCCCACACAACACCUACUGGGGUCACGGCGUUAGUUCCGAGGCCACGUUAAGUGGGCUAUUGUCCACUCAGCCUGCGCCUGAGUACUGGUGUUCCGUGGCGUAUUUUGAGCUGGACACGCAGGUGGGCGAGACAUUCAAGGUGUCGUCGACGUGUCCCAAUGUCACUAUCGACGGCUACGUGGACCCGUCGGGUGGAAACAGGUUCUGUCUGGGCGCCCUCAGCAAUGUCCACCGAACUGAGCAAAGCGAGCGGGCUAGGUUACACAUAGGGAAGGGAGUGCAGAUGGACCUGAGGGGUGAGGGGGAUGUCUGGCUCAAGUGUCUUAGUGACCACUCGGUUUUUGUUCAGUCGUUCUACUUGGACCGUGAAGCUGGGCGUGCCCCUGGUGAUGCAGUACAUAAGAUAUACCCUAGUGCUUACAUCAAGGUGUUUGACCUGCGUCAGUGUCACCGUCAAAUGCAGCAGCAAGCUGCCACCGCGCAGGCUGCGGCCGCAGCGCAGGCAGCCGCAGUCGCAGGGCACAUUCCUGGACCACACAGCGUGGGAGGCAUUGCUCCGGCCAUUAGUUUGAGUGCAGCCGCAGGUAUCGGUGUGGACGACCUCAGACGUCUCUGUAUUCUAAGGCUGAGCUUCGUCAAGGGAUGGGGUCCCGACUACCCCCGUCAGUCUAUCAAGGAAACACCCUGUUGGAUUGAGGUACACUUGCACAGAGCUCUCCAGUUGCUGGACGAAGUGCUACACACCAUGCCCAUUGAUGGACCAAGGGCCAUGGAGUAACUCUCCACUUACAGUCGUGGGCAUCUGAUUAGGCCAUUAAGAUAGCUUAAUAUUUCCACAUAAAAGAUGCAAUUCUCGCAACAAAAUUUCAACAAAUUUUAUUUUAUACAUAUUUUCUUGACAGUAUAAAGGUUAAGAUUUUCCGCAACAACUAUGACAUGCUAAGUCGGUCUUGAAAGCAAGAAGGUUCGGGCAUACCAUUUUCCGUCACUUGCCUAGUUUUAAGGGCGUGGCGAAAUAAAUAUUUAAACGAAAAUCCCUCCUCGUGUUUAGUACAUAACAUGUGUAUGAAGCAUAUGUUUUAGGUAGACAUCCGGUUUUAUGAAUUCGACAGUGAAAUGGGCGAAUUGAAAAUCUAGCUUUUUUGAAUCAAGACAUUUUUGAUAAGAGAUGUUUUAUGGUUUUAACGUACCGCAAAUGAUAAUAAAACUGUAUCCCAUCAGUUACCAUUGUCCGUAAUAGGUACUAUUUUGGUACUGAAGCCAUAAUUUACGAUUACAUUAUGCUUCAAUAACUGAAUAUUGUUGUGAGUGACCCGUGUAAGGAGAAAAACUACGAAGCAAUCUGGCAUCUGUGAAGGUUAAUCUGGAAAAACAAAAUAUCAGCUGUGAAACAAGUUAUCUGGUAAUUGAUCUAUUGACUCUUAAACAUAUUUGUUCAUAAAUUGUUUGGUGACGGUCACAAACUAAAGCACUUACUCCUUAAAAUCCUAACUAUUUUGUAAUUGAUACAAAAGGGAUAACGUUUUAUAUUUUAGAAUAUUCCUGGUAAUGGGGUUGGGCAAAAUUUUGUGUCCGACAAAAUCAUCUGGAGUACAAGGACUGUAAUGGGUUACUUAGCAGGAAACCUGAUGUUGAAAUGGACUCAAACAAAUUAAUGUAAGUAACAAAAAUUAUUCAAAGAAUGUUUAAAUUUGAAUGAACGUCACAAAAUGGUUCAUAAAUUUGCAAGUGAACACAAAUAGCUACUUUUGUUGCUUUUUACAUAAUUAGACGUACACUACUUGUGUUGAAAAUACUUUGUGUGUGUUUUACGUGCCAAAAAUAUAAAAUUUAUAUUUAUUUUGAUACAAAUUAUAUGAUAUAACUUGAAGAAAUAUUUUAGUAGAGGAACAGGCACAUUAUUUUCAUUUUAUCUUUUGAAAAUUAAUCUUAUUCCAUUGUAUGUAUAAAAGUACAUUUAUAAAUGUAAAACUAAUUAAUUUAUCGCAAGCCACCUUUAUAAUAUACAAAAGCAACAGAAGUAGCUGUCUGUGUUCACUUUUAAGUUCAUAAGCCAAUUUUUGAGUUUGAUUCUAAUUUAAAUGUUCUGUUAGAGUUUGCAAAUGUAAUAAUGGACGCAAAAGGUUUUGUUGAGCACGAAGUUUUACCCAAGCCCAUCUUCUUCCCAACUCUUUAGGUCUUUUAAAUAAAUAAUGGUAUAGGUUUCUUAAGAACGUAAGUCCUCAGUUUGUGCUGUCAAAAUGGAGUCCUGAAUACACUGAGUAGGGUAAAAGUUUUGUUCAUCGUUAAAUUUGCGUGCAAUGAAUUGUUUUAAUGAGAACCGACCUAACAAGACGUCUUAAGAAAUUUGACAUUGAACACAGAUUGUUUUUAUGUGUCAUUGAGUUUACAUACAAUUAAAUAAAAUUGUGCCUGCUUCUAUUAAAAUAUCUGUUCAAGUAAUCAGCAAAGAAAUAAAUAUUAAUUUUAUAUAUUUGGCACAUAAUUCACACACGAAUUAUUUUCAACACAACAAUAGCAGUGACAAUAUUCAGUGAAACUAUUUUGUUGUCAUGAAUUAUGUUACAUUAAAAGCAUAAAAUCUGUGUUUACUGUCAAAGUCAAAUUUAGGCAUUUCAUUACGUUGAUUAUAAUUGAAACAUUUUUAAAAGUUCGGAAAAAGGAAGAAUCAGGUAGGCGUCUUGUAAAUAUCUGCAUGAAGUAUGUUGCUCUUAAAAAUAGAGAAUGCUUUAUAACGAAUAGCAGACCUCUGAGGUAGUAGAACAAAACAUUGUUGCCGUUUUGUUCUAUGCGUUUACAAUUGUUGUCGCCACAAUGUCAUUGCACCGUCAUUGGAAGUGGUGAAUAAUUUUUUAUGAAACAAUGCAUUCACAAUUAUUGUCGGCAAAAUGUCAUUGGACAUUUUUCCGCCAAUAAUUAUGAAUCGAAUAAUAAUAAUUGUGAGAGGUCUGCUAUUCGUUAUAAAGCAUUCACUAUUUUUAAGAGCAACAUACUUCAUGCAGAUAUUUACAAGACGCCUACCUGAUUCUUUCUUUUUCCGAACUUUAAUAUGUUGUAUGUAUUUUAGUAUGUUGCUCGUAUAAAUAGAGAAUGCUUUAUAACGAAUAGCAGACCUCUAAGGUAGUAGAACAAAACGUUGUUGCCGUUUCUAUGCGUUCACAAUUAUUGUCGCCACAAUGUCAUUGCACCGUCAUUGGAAGUGGUGAAUAAUUUUUUAUGAAACAAUGCAUUCACAAUUAUUGUUGGCAAAAUGUCAUUGCACAUUUUUCCGACAAUAAUUAUGAUAAUAAUAAUUGUGAGAGGUCUGCUAUUCGUUAUAAAGCAUUCUUUAUUUAUAAGAGCAACAUACUUCAUGCAGAUAUUUACAAGACGCCUACCUGAUUCUUUCUUUUUCCGAACUUUAGUAUGUUGUAUGUAUUUUAGUAUGUUGCUCGUAUAAAUAGAGAAUGCUUUAUAACGAAUAGCAGACCUCUAAGGUAGUAGAACAAAACAUUGUUGCCGUUUUGUUCUAUGCCAUUUCUAUGCGUUCACAAUUAUUGUCGGCACAAUGUCAUUGCACCGUCAUUGGAAGUGGUGAAUAAUUUUUUAUGAAACAAUGCAUUCACAAUUAUUGUCGGCAAAAUGUCAUUGGACAUUUUUCCGCCAAUAAUUAUGAAUCGAAUAAUAAUAAUUUGUGAGAGGUCUGCUAUUCGUUAUAAAGCAUUCUCUAUUUAUAAGAGCAACAUACUUCAUGCAGAUAUUUACAAGACGCCUACCUGAUUCUUUCUUUUUCCGAACUUUAGUAUGUUGUAUGUAUUUUAGUAUGUUGCUCGUAUAAAUAGAGAAUGCUUUAUAACGAAUAGCAGACCUCUAAGGUAGUAGAACAAAACAUUGUUGCCGUUUUGUUCUAUGCCAUUUCUAUGCGUUCACAAUUAUUGUCGCCACAAUGUCAUUGCACCGUCAUUGGAAGUGGUGAAUAAUUUUUUAUGAAACAAUGCAUUCACAAUUAUUGUCGGCAAAAUGUCAUUGGACAUUUUUCCGCCAAUAAUUAUGAAUCGAAUAAUAAUAAUUGUGAGAGGUCUGCUAUUCGUUAUAAAGCAUUCUCUAUUUUUAAGAGCAACAUACUUCAUGCAGAUAUUUACAAGACGCCUACCUGAUUCUUUCUUUUUCCGAACUUUAGUAUGUUGUAUGUAUUUUAGUAUGUUGCUCGUAUAAAUAGAGAAUGCUUUAUAACGAAUAGCAGACCUCUAAGGUAGUAGAACAAAACAUUGUUGCCGUUUUGUUCUAUGCGUUCACAAUUAUUGUCGCCACAAUGUCAUUGCACCGUCAUUGGAAGUGGUGAAUAAUUUUUUAUGAAACAAUGCAUUCACAAUUAUUGUCGGCAAAAUGUCAUUGCACAUUUUUCCGACAAUAAUUAUGAAUCGAAUAAUAAUAAUUGUGAGAGGUCUGCUAUUCGUUAUAAAGCAUUCUCUAUUUAUAAAUUUAUAAGAGCAACAUACUUCAUGCAGAUAUUUACAAGACGCCUACCUGAUUCUUCCUUUUUCCGAACUUUUAAAAAUGUUUCAAUUAUAAUAAACGUAACGAAAUGCCUAACAGACUUCUUUUUGAUAUUUAACUUUGUAAGUUUAAUAAUAUUGUGUACUAGUGUUUGUGUAAUAAGAUUGUAUGUUUUCUAUGUAAAUAAUUUAGCUAUGUAUGUCGUAUAAGCUAGUAGAAGUAUUAAAAUGAACAAUUCGUACCUUAUCGGUAUCACCUCUUUUUUUUAGAGAAUACCUUUUGUAAGUUUUUUGAAAUGAAGCAAAGUAUUGUAUUUUCAUGCUGUUUGAAAUUUUUAAUAAAUAACGCAAAUUGUGAUAAAAAAAUUAAAGUUAUUUAUUAUUGUUAGUAAAAUUAGAAAAAACAUAACUUUUACAACUGAUUCGUAAAUAGCUGGAUAACUUUUACUGUUGUUGAAGUUAUGUUUUUUCUAAUCACAAUUAAUGUUAUUUUGUGUUAAAUGCUAUUGUUUAUUUUUAGAUCUUUGUUUAUUUACACUCUGUUUAUACUUGUGUUGUAGUAUAUAUUCAGUUAUUCUAAAGCGUUUGUACAGAUUUUUAAACUCAAAUUGUAUUACACGUGUUUUAGUAUGUAA